CCCAGAUGUCAACAUGACUUGCUUCUUGUGGUUAGAUCUCAGCUCUGAUGCCCCCUCCCUUGUAUCAGUAGUGCUCUAUCACACCAUCCUAUUUUUUCCUAAGGUUUGCCACUAUGUGAAAAUAGCUUAUUUAUCUAUCUCGUUCCCUUCAGUAGAAAUUAAAUGCUCUCAUAUUAGGGCCUCUUUCGUAGCAGUGCUUAGUACAUAAGGGGAAAAAAAAAAACAAACCUUGACAAUACAUGAAUAAACAGAAACCCAUUUUAAUGAGAUAUCAAAGUUUAUAUUAAUUACAUGAGCUAAAUAUUGUCUUUAUUUUUAAAGUGUGAAGCCCUGUUUGUUUCCCUCCCUUUAUACCGAGUGAAGAUUAUUGAGCACAUAUGCUUGUCCUAGAAAUAUGAAUCUAAAUAAAAUAAUAGUAAUAACCGUGACAGGGUGGUUUUCCCCCUGAUCUAAAUCGUUCUCAAAUUUACCGUUGUCUCCUCUCCCACACUAACCCCUCAGUGCAAAUUACCAUCUCCUCUGGCCUAGAAGACUGCCUCCCCUCUGGUCUUUUCCCUGUAGGUUCUAAUCUCCCAACCAUCUUUUCUCCAGACGGCAGCCGGCAGGCUUUGCGGUCGCUGCUAGACUCAUGCUUGAAAACCUUCCGAGUUUUCAUUGUUCUCAGGAUAAAGGCCAGAACUGCCCGGGACCUCACGUCAGGGCAGCCCUCACUCCGCACUGCAGGCCACACUCCCUCCCUCACCCCCGGUUCCCGCCUGCCACCACAGUGGUGGCCCUAGCUUCCCGCUUCCUGGACGGUUCACUAUCCUGCACCCAUUUUGUCUCCUCCUGAUCGCAGCAGAUGGUCCCUUCCUCGGGGAAGCCCUCCCUGGUUAGGCCAAGCUCUCCUCCCCUUCAUACAGCCCCGUAUCACCGUGGGCCUCUCAGGGUCUCCUUUUACAAAUGCAUACUCCGGGACAUGGUAACCUUAUUAACAUGCGUAGCCGCGAGCUCGUAGCUCGAUAACUAAUUGCGGAAGAAGUGGACUGAGUAGCUGCCCAACCACUCCUUGCCCCUCCCCCUAGGGCUGCAGGGCGACUAUUACGCAUUAAGCGGGCGCCGCGUUGAGGGAGAUCUCACGGCGCCUGCGCGAAGGGGCACGCAUGCGCAAAAAGACGAGCCCGCUGACAGAUUCGCGGCGGCGGUGGCGGUGGCCCUGGCCCUGGACUGCGGGGAAUGGGAGUCCUAGGUCUCUGAGCGGCCCCCGCCUCCCUGCCCCCGACAUGGCUCAGGAGAAGAUGGAGCUAGACCUGGAGUUGCCUCCUGGUACUGGCGGGAGCCCGGCGGAGGGCGGCGGCAGUGGCGCCGGCGGGGGCCUCAGGAGGUCUAACAGCGCCCCCCUGAUCCACGGCCUCAGUGACACUUCGCCGGUGUUCCAGGCCGAGGCGCCGAGCGCCAGGCGGAACAGCACAACGUUCCAGAACCGCCACGGCCUGCUACUGCCGGCCUCCCCCGUCCGCAUGCACAGCAGCCGCUUGCACCAGAUCAAACAGGAGGAGGGCAUGGACUUGAUCAACCGAGAGACCGUCCACGAGCGCGAGGUGCAGAACGCAAUGCAGAUAAGCCACUCCUGGGAGGAAAGUUUCAGCCUGAGUGACAACGACGUGGAGAAGUCCGCCUCCCCGAAGCGCAUCGAUUUCAUUCCGGUGUCACCAGCACCGUCGCCCACCCGGGGGAUUGGGAAGCAGUGUUUUUCACCCUCCUUGCAAAGUUUUGUGAGUAGCAACGGAUUGCCUCCGAGCCCCAUUCCCAGCCCAACGACUCGAUUUACUACCCGGAGAAGCCAGAGUCCCAUCAAUUGCAUUAGACCAAGUGUUCUUGGACCAUUGAAAAGAAAAUGUGAAAUGGAAACUGAGUAUCAGCCAAAGAGAUUUUUCCAGGGCAUCACCAACAUGCUUUCUUCUGACGUUGCACAGCUGUCAGAUCCUGGCGUGUGUGUAUCGUCGGAUACCCUCGACGGAAACAGCAGCAGUGCGGGAUCUUCGUGUAACUCACCAGCGAAAGUCAGCACUACCACCGACUCUCCUGUGUCGCCUGCCCAAGCGGCCUCUCCAUUUAUUCCAGUAGAUGAACUUUCAUCUAAGUGAUUCACCCACCCAUCCUGAGACUCGGUUUUUUUGUUUGUUUGUUUUCUGUUUUGUUUUUGUUUUGCAACGGAGAGAAAAAAAUCAAGUCGGAGCAAGCACUGAACUUUGUCGAUUAAUUUGAGGCUAUUUCCUAUUUGACUCUCUUCCUUUUUUUGGAAUUUCCUGAAAUGUUGUUACUCUAUAGAACUUUCAUGUCAGGUUCCUGCAGAUGCCCUUGAAUUCAGUGUAGUAAUAUUUUCAGACGUUUUCCAAUAAGUGUGUUGAAGCAUACGUCUUUAUGCUGCUAAUAUGUUUAAAUACAUAUGUUAUCCCUUGAUUUUUUAAAAUAAUUGAGAGCUCUAUUUAUUUAUGGGAUUAUUAAGUUCUGAUGCAAAUAUAAAUGUUGAAUUAAUCAGCAUAGUAAACUGAUGUUUUAAAAUUCCAUAUUUCAU